AAUCAAAUUGAUAAUUUUUCAUGCUUUUAUUUAAUUUUUCCCUUCUCUCUCUUCAGACAAAAAAAAUGGGUCAUACAAUAUGCUGUACCCGACCCGGUUAAGAAACCAUGCAAGAUGAGGUUUAUCGGAUUGGGUGGGAAAUCAAACAUUUCUACCAUUCUGUAAUUUCUUCUUCUUCUUCUUCUUCUUCUUCUUCGUGCAUUUUCAUCGUUCGUUCCUCUUUCUCAAAACCCUAAUUCGAUAAACCCUUUCAGUAACACAUGUUAAAAAUUCAUCCUCACAUGAAUUUACCAUAACAACAAUGAACAUUCUCUGCUAUCCCAACAACAAUUCAUAUCACAUUCACACUCACCACCGCCAUAAAACCCUUCAUUCCAAUCACAACAGAACAAAACAGCUUCUUCUUCGGAAACCAUUCACAGUCUUCUGCAAAUCCAGUUCCGAUGAUUUCGUGAAACGUGUCUUGGAGGAAAAUCCUAGCCAAGUUCCAACCAAGUAUCUAAUCGGUAACAAGUUAUAUACUUCACGAGAAAAAGAGAAUUUGGGUAAAAAAUCAAAUGAGGGUAUUUUUGACUUGUUGAAGAGAUUGAGCUUGAAGAAUUCUCAGAGGAAGAGUGAGAGUGAUGAUGAGGUUUCAGGAGAGAGAGAUUCUGUGUAUUUGAAUGAUUUGGUUAAAGAUUAUAAAGGGAAACUUUAUGUUCCGGAGCAAAUUUUCGCUACACCGUUGUCUGAAGAGGAAGAGUUUAAUGAGAAUUUGAAGAAGUUGCCAAAAAUGAGUAUUGAGGAUUUCACUAAAGCGUUGAGUAAAGAUAAAAUCAAGUUGGUUACUUCAAAGGAAACUUUAAAGGAAGAUUAUGGAAUUGGUUAUAAGGAUUACAUUGUGGAUUUGAAGGAAAUUCCUGGUGAUAAGAGAUUGCAAGUUACCAAAUGGGUUCUCAGGGUGGAUAGCAUUGAAGCUCAAGCAAUUUUGGACGAAUAUUCCGGACCACGAUAUGAGAUAGAGAGUCGGCGUAUUACGUCUUGGGUGGGAAUAAUGUCAGAGUACCCUCAUCCAGUUGCAUCUUCCAUAUCUAGCAGAGUGGUGGCUGAGCUUGGAGCAGUGACAGUAGUAGUGGGUUUAGCAGCAAUUCUAGUUGGUGGCUUCCUUUCAGCAGCAGUAUUUGUUGUUACCAGUUUUAUAUUUGUUGCAACUGUCUAUGUUGCGUGGCCUAUAGCCCAACCAAUUCUCAAGUUUUUUCUUAGAGUUGCUGGUUCAAUGCUGGAGAGGGUUUGGGAUAAAAUUGUUGACUUUUUCUUGGACGGUGGCUUUUUGUCUAAGAUUUAUGAGCUUUGCACUGUUGCCGGUUUAGCUUCCAGUGCUCAGACGCUGGCUGUAACCCUGCCUAUAGUUGUGGGUAUGGUCCUUCUUGUUCGCUUCACUCUUUCAAGAAAACCCAAAAAUUUCAGGAAGUGGGAUCUAUGGCAGGGAAUGAACUUCUCGUUAUCAAAAGCUGAAGCUCGUGUUGAUGGUUCAACUGGAAUAAGGUUUUCUGACGUGGCUGGAAUUGAUGAUGCUGUAGAUGAACUUCAAGAGUUGGUGAGGUACCUAAAAAAUCCCGAGCUAUUUGAUAAGAUGGGGAUCAAACCUCCGCACGGUGUUCUUCUGGAGGGCCCACCUGGAUGUGGCAAGACCUUGGUAGCCAAGGCUAUAGCUGGUGAAGCUGGUGUUCCAUUUUACCAAAUGGCUGGAUCAGAAUUUGUGGAAUUUUUAGUUGGUGUUGGUUCUGCACGUAUUAGGGAUUUGUUUAAAAGAGCCAAGGUAAACAAACCAUCAGUUGUAUUUAUCGAUGAAAUUGAUGCAUUGGCUACUAGGCGACAAGGUACUUUCAACGAGUCGACAGAUAACCUGUAUAAUGCAGCCACCCAGGAAAGAGAAACUACAUUGAACCAAUUGUUGAUAGAGCUUGAUGGUUUUGAUACUGGAAAGGGGAUCAUAUUUCUAGCUGCCACAAAUCGUAGGGAUUUGUUAGAUCCUGCACUUCUUCGUCCGGGUCGCCUUGAUAGAAAGAUCAAAAUUCUCCCUCCAAAUGCAAAAGGAAGACUUGAUAUUUUGAAAAUUCAUGCUAACAAAGUAAAAAUAUCAGAUUCUGUUGAUUUGUCCAGCUAUGCUCAGAACCUACCUGGAUGGUCUGGAGCAAGAUUGGCACAAUUGGUCCAAGAGGCUGCUCUUGUAGCUGUCAGGAAGCGACAUAACUCAAUUCUUCAGUCAGAUAUGGAUGAAGCAGUGGACAGACUUACUGUGGGACCUAAACGUAUGGGAGUAGACUUAGGUUAUCAAGGACAAUGUCGUAGAGCAACUACCGAAGUGGGAGUUGCAAUAACUUCUCAUCUGCUCCGGCGAUACGAGAAUGCAAAAGUUGAAUACUGCGAACGAAUCUCAAUAGUGCCUCGUGGUCAGACAUUCUCUCAAUUGGUAUUCCGUCGGCUUGAUGAUGAAUCAUAUAUGUUUGAACGCCGACCUCAAUUGUUGCAUCGUCUUCAGGUUAUGCUUGGAGGUAGAGCUGCUGAGGAGGUCAUCUAUGGACGUGACACAUCAAAAGCCUCAGUUGAAUACCUUGCACAUGCUUCCUGGCUUGCUCGCAAAAUACUAACCAUUUGGAAUUUGGAGGAUCCAAUGGUCAUACAUGGAGAAGCACCACCUUGGAGGAAGUCAUUUAAAUUUGUUGGACCAAGGCUGGAUUUUGAAGGGGCUCUUUAUGAUCAUUACGACCUGAUUGAGCCUCCCCUAAAUUUUAAUCUGGAAGCUCAAGUUGCACAAAGAACUGAAGAAUUGAUACGUGACAUGUACAGAAAAACAGUGUCUCGCCUGAGGGAGCACCAUGCAGCUUUGCUUGAAACUAUCAAGGUUCUUCUCAAUCAGAGGGAAGUGAGUGGCGAGGAAAUAGACUUCAUUUUGAACAAAUACCCUCCGCAAACACCUUUACAUCUUUUGGAGAAGGAAAUUCCUGGCAACCUUCCAUUAAUGAAAGAACAAAGGCACGAUUUGGAGUAUACCAUACAAACUCAAACGAAAGAAGAAACCGCGUGAGUUCUUUCUCAGUCCUCUUCUAAAACCAAGAUUUUGUUACUGGAUUUUCAGGCUAAUCAGUGCUUCAGAAUGGAAAUUGCACUUGAGCAAGAUUCCUCCAAGGAUUAUGCAUUAACGGCUGCAUUCAAAGCAUUUCAACGAUAACAGCAGUAUAUGUAUUUAGUUCAGCUAUGAAAUUUAUUUUUUUUGGUACAUAUUCAGCUAUGAAUUUUGUUCAUACCAUUGUAUUAUGCUUUAUUUUUCAUACUGUUCAUAGGCAUAUCUCUGUUGUAUUUAAAAAGAGUAGUUUUCCUUACAAGAUUUAAAAAGAUUAGUUGAAUGUAUUAAUUUAAGAAUAUUGGCAUGAUUUACAAUAUAAUGAUCAUCCUUUCAAGGGAUGUUUGGUUGGAGGAGCCUCUGAUAGUUAUUUUGGAAUGGAAGGAUUAUAAUUUUUAUUCAA